AUGAGCCAGAAAAUCUACCGAUCACCUUUCCCCAACCUUGAGAUCGAGUCGGUCGACCUGGUCUCCAAGGUCUUCUCGAACCCGUUCGAUACUCCCCUUUCCCGUCCCAUGUAUAUCGAUGCCCUCAGCGGAGAACAGUACACGUACGGGGAUGUCAUCCAACGCACGCGGUCCCUGGCGAACGGGCUGCAACAGCUAUUCGGUCUCAGGGAACACGAUGUCGUCGCUCUGUUCAGCCCUAAUACGAUCGACUAUCCCAUUGCCUGCCACGCUAUCAUCGGGUCCCUGGCCGUUGUGGCCCCUACUAGCGCGGCACUUACGGCUCAGGAACUACACGCUCAGCUGAAGACCAGUCGGGCACGAUUCAUCAUCGCCCACUCGUCGCUUCUUUCUACUGCAAGAGCAGCAGCAAAGGGCACCUCGAUUGAGAAAGUCAUCGUCCUCGACGGCCAAUCAUCUGCACCCGGCCACCUCACCUGCCAGCAAUUAGCGAGCACCUAUGCCCCCACCGCACUCCGCCAAAUCCCUGCUCACGAAGCCGGGUCGCGAAUCGCAUUCAUCUGCUUCUCCUCGGGCACAUCCGGGCCAGCGAAAGGCGUGAUCACCACCCACCGAAAUAUUACAUCGAACCUUCAACAAUGGCGCGCCCAACUCCUCGACUCAGGCUCCGCAGCUCAGCGGGUCGACCGCACCGCCGCGAUUGCCUUCCUCCCCUUCAGUCACAUUUAUGGGCUGAAUUUAUACAUGUGCCAGUGUCUAACGUGGGGCACGCCUGUGGUGAUCCUCCCGCGUUUCGAUCUUGACACGUACCUCUCGUGCGUUGAGAAAUACAAGCCGCAGGAGCUGGCGCUCGUGCCUCCAAUCGCACUCAUGCUGGUCAAGGAUGAUCGAAUCCGCAAUUACAAUCUGCGCAGCGUACGGCGGAUUCUCUCCGCCGCCGCACCGCUGACAAUCGAGCUCUCGUCGGCGCUUGAGACCCGAUUUAAGGAUAUCUUUGGAACGGAGGUCUUCUGCACGCAGUCGUGGGGACUUACCGAGACCUCGCCAAUCGCAACUGGAAUCCCGAAUGAUCGAAUGGACAAGAGAGGUGCCGGCGUAGGUUGUAUUGUGCCAAAUAUGGAGUUUCGUUUCGUUGAUCCGGAGACGAUGCUCGACGCGGACGUGGGCAAGGAUGGAGCCAGCCAACCCGGCGAGAUCUGGUGUCGUGGACCGAAUGUUACACCGGGAUACUAUAAUAACUUGGAGGCAACGAGGGGUGCGUUCCACGUGGAUGACGAUGGAGUUUCGUGGUUUCGUACGGGCGAUAUUGGCGUUAUUGACGCUGAGGGAUAUAUUACCAUACAGGAUCGGAUCAAGGAGAUGAUCAAGUACAAGGGCUUACAGGUCAUCCCGAGCGAGCUGGAGGGUAAGCUUGUUGAUCAUCCGGAUGUGGUAGACGUCGCUGUUAUUGGAGUCUGGGUGGACGCAAGGGCGACAGAGUUGCCGACUGCGUUUGUUACGCUGCGGCAGGGUAUUGACGAGAGGGGAGUAGGAAAGGUCAUUGAAGAUAUUCAUCUCUGGUUCAACGCUAGGGUUGCGAACCAUAAGCGGUUGCGAGGAGGCAUAUAUGUGGUAGAGAAUAUCCCAAAGAGUCCGAGCGGGAAAAUUCUGAGGCGGGUGUUGAAGCAGCAGUUAAAGGAAUCAGCGGCGAAGGCUCGGUUGUAG